UUCUUCUGAUUAGUAUCAUGCUUAUUUGAUUUUAGGACAAAAAAAAAAAAAAAACAAUUUAUUUUCUUUUUUGUUUAACGUAGGAUUAAAAAUGUUAAAUUUUAGUUUUGGCAUAAUCUAAUAAAAAAAUAAUUUAUUUUUAGAAGUGUUUUUGUCAAAUUUUCAAACAAUUAAUGGAAAAUUGGAGGAAGAAACGAUCUUUAGUGAUACAAGAGAUCAGCUCGUUGGGCUGCUUCAGGUUCAGGGGAUAGGCCAGUUAUAUAUUCAAAACGUGUUACGAAAAGCCCGCACGCUAAAACCUCCUGAUCUGGAUGAGCGACAAAAACCCUAAAACCUAAAACCAACCUUUCCUUCAUUGGCACUUGAGCAUGGACGACACUCAAGUCGAAGCAGGAGACAACAACAGAGACAUUGAGGUGGCUCCGGCCUUGAUUAGUGUUCAUCCCAACCAGAAUUCCGUCGCAGUCGCCGUCGGAUCGGACCUCCGCAUCUUCGACCUCCGAGGGGGUUGCGGGGUAUCUUUGGUGGAUGAUUCUGCUCAGCCUUUUCAUAAGGAUUCAAUAAGAGCUAUUCGCUAUAGUGCAAAUGGGAAGCUUCUUGUAUCAGCCGCUGAUGAUAAGCUUGUCAAGAUAUGGUCUACCGACUCUUGGCGCUGCGUUAGUUCCGUUUGCUCAGAGAAAAGAGUGAGUGCAGUUGCUAUAAGCGAGGAUGGGUUGUAUGUUUGUUUUUCUGAUAAGUUUGGAGUUGUUUGGGUUGUGGAUUUGCAUGAGCUUGAAGGAAAUGAAUCUUUAGUCAGUAGAAAGGCUGCACCUUUGCUUGCUCAUUAUUGCAGCAUCAUCACUAGCCUGGAAUUUUCACCAGAUGGACAGUUUAUCGUUAGUGCAGAUCGUGACUUUAAGAUUCGUGUUACUGUGUUUCCAAAGAAGCCCUUAGAUGGAGCUCAUGAGAUACAAAGCUUUUGCCUUGGUCAUACAGAGUUUGUCUCCUGCCUUGCCUUUAUUUGCACGAUGGAUUACCCGCAGGGGUUUCUUGUUUCUGGCAGUGGUGAUUCUACAGUUCGCUUGUGGGAUAUUACAUCUGGGUUUCUUCUUGAUACUUGUGAAGUUGGUGCUAAGGCAGGACUUCUAGAGUCCAAUAGAAGUGAUGAGGGCUGUUCUACUGUCUCUGAUCUGUGCAUAAUUCUAGAUGGUAAUCUCAUUGCAGUGGCCAUCCAAAGCUUGCAAGGAAUAAUGCUGUUACACUGUGACCUUUCUUCCCGAACUCUCAAUGUCAUCAAGGUGGUUUCUAUCAUGGGAGAGAGCUUCAUUCCUACAAGCCUGGGGAGUAGCUCUCAUGCAGAAUUACUAUGGAUGGUAACUGGUGUCUCUAAAUUGAGUGGUUCUGAUUGCAACUCUUUGGCUCGAGUGAGGGUUCUUUCUGGUUUUAAGAAAAGUAAUCCUGAUUCUGUUGGCCAUGAGUUAACUGUGAUGAGAGAUGAUGAACUACCUGGAGCAGAGAAACUACUAGAGAAGUUGCAGGGAAGUGUGUCAAUUGAGGAGAAUGUUUUUUUAGCAGCCGCUGAAGCUGUGAAAACAGCAAUGUGUAAUUUGUUAAUUAAGAAGCAGUACUCCAUGGAGAAGAGAGAAUUUAGAAAGAGAAGUAGAAAUGAUAGGAAAAUCAAACAAUGAUAGACUCAACAGUUGUAACAACUAGUUCUGUCUGCUGAUUCAUGGGUUGGAGGCAUCUGAGCUUAAUUUAUUUUUGUAGUUGUCUUAGAUAGCCCUUCUAAUCUGUUAUUUCUUGUACAAUAAUAUUAGUAAACUUAAAACUCUCAUGAGAAGCUACAUAAAUCAUUUGCAGCUUUCAUGGUUGAAAUUGAGAGGAAAUGAUACUUGUUAUGAUUUCUGAGA